AUGAUUAUUGGACUUUUUCAUUUCCUACUGUGCUGUUUUGCUGUCGAUGGAAUUCAUUUCAAUGGUGGCACCAUCACGUGGAAACCUGUAUACCCCUUCGUCAAUUCAAGUUCAGUAUUAAUAACUAUUAUUCAGUCCUACUCAUGGACGUAUCCGACUAUUCUUUGUGCGAACAACGUACCUAUUACGACUCCUGGGCGGAGUGGAGCAAACACUAAUUUGAUAUGCGUAUCUAGCUGCGGAACUGACGGUGGGUAUUCCACUAAGCCUGUGAAUAUUUUAACAGACUGUGUGUCAACUAGUUUAUCGCUGGGUAUGAUGUCAAGCUCACGAUCAGUGAAUAUUUCACUGACAGCUGGUACACAUUUUUACUUAGCAUUUCAAGGAAGUGCUUGGACAGCACUUGAAGAUCCUCCUGUGAGUGGCCUAUACUGGUCCAUUGUUACAUUCAUCGAUCUUCGAUUUCGAUCUGACGGAUUUAUCAAUACCCCACCUGAAGCAACGGUCGUUUCUCCACAAUAUGCAAUUGUUAAUCAAACAACUCAGAUUAAAAUACCUGUAUCGGAUGUCAAUCCAGGUGAUGAUGUUCGUUGUCGAUGGUCCAUGAAGAUACCUGGGCAACGAAAACGAAGACUAGCUCAUGAAUACGAAAGGUCCUACAAUGACUUCACUACCAACAAUUACAGAAAAUUAACUACAUCUGGAGAAACUGCUCAUAUAAGAAACAAACGCAGACGCGGAGGAGGAUCAUGGGGAACCACUCAAAAUCCAUGUACUACUAAGUCUUGUUCUACAUCCUGCAAAGGUAAUUGUCCAUGUACCUGUCCAUCUUGUUCAGGGACCACAUGCACUGGUGUUACAUGCAAUCAGCCACCAAAAUCUUCGUGUCCAAAAGGUACAACAACAGCAGAAACUCCAGGAACUAUACCAAUAACUUCAUCGUACCCGAGUGUUCAGGCGAUUGAUGAAUGCGGUGGUAUUUGCUAUCCAAGUAGUGUACCCACUGGAACAACUUUGUCCAAUUGCACUUUGUCGUUUACGGGACUAGUUCCCGACACUUGGUAUGCCGUGUCUAUCCAGGUGGAAGACUUUGUAAACUCAACUAGCACUACUCCAAUGAGUUCUGUGCCAGUACAAUUUUUGAUUUAUGUGAUGCCACAGCCGUCCUGUACAAUAGCGCCUAUCAUUAUUCCUCUCACAGGUUGUUUGGAAGUAAAAGUCGGUGUUACGAAUACGUUUAAUAUAACUGUGGCAAAUCAGUGUGAUCCUGACAUCGCUGAUAUUUCUGAUCUGAUUGUAUCAAACGGGAUCACUGGUAUGGAAGCUGGAAAUUUAACUUAUUCCCCGACUAAUGAUUCUUUUGUCUAUGUCAUAUUCACUUGGACACCACAAUUAACGCCACCACCACCUCUACUAGCACUAGCACGACAACAUCAAAGACCACUACCUCCACUUCAACUUCCACAACUACAACAACAACCACAACGUCAACUUCAACUUCCACGACAUCAACAACGACCACAGAUACAACUACGACGACAACAACGACCACAACAACGACGACAACCACGGCUACAACAACGACGACAACUACCACGACGACGACGACAACAACCACGACUACAACUACGACAACGACAACGACCACGACGACAUCAACGACCACAACGACAACAACAACGACAACCACGACCACAACUUCGACAACGUCCACAAGCUCAACAUCAACAACAAGUACUACCGCUACGACGUGAGUUAUUUGUGUUGUCUAUUUGGAAAAAGGAUAAGAUGUCACUUAAUUGUGAAUACGGCAAAUCCAAAACCUUCGAAUGGUUCGAUGUUUGGACUUGGGUUUUGAGAUUUGAUUCAGAUUUCAAAUUUGAUAAUAACUGA